CAAGCAGUUUUUGCAAUUUCGAGAAAGAAGUACCUGGACUUGUAACCGCUUUUUUUACCGCUAAAGGAUUAACUACAGCAUUUAUGUAAACGUAAUUGACCAAAAACCUUAUCAGUCGUGCGAAUAUAUCCUUCUAAAUGUAACUUAUCGUUGUUUUACGUUCGGUACUAUCAAAAGCACGAUGCUUCGUCGAUGUGAUUAAAACCACGUGCUUUGGGAGGCCGAUCGUUUUUGUGAAAAAUGGCUCAACUAAGAGGCGAUUACGCUUAAUCAUUUGUAGGUAGAGAACGUUGAUCAAGGAACAAGAAUCUUUUCCAUCGUCGGACAAAAAAGGCAUGCUCAGGAAAAAUGACGGAAUUUGUAGAUGGCUGGAUAUUUGGGCACACUUUGGGAGAAGGUGCUUAUGGCGAAGUAAAACUAGUUAUAAAUAAAUCUUCAGGUGAAGCUGUUGCCAUGAAAAUGAUAGAUUUAGCAAAACAUCCAGAUGCCCGACAAACAGUUAAAAAAGAAACUACUAUUCAUCGUACACUAUCUAAUCCCAAUAUCAUACAGUAUUUUGGGAAACGUAGUGAACCCAGUAUGGAAUAUAUUUUUUUAGAAUAUGCUUCAGGAGGAGAACUUUUUGAUAGGAUUGAACCAGAUGUUGGUAUGCCAGUUUGGGAAGCACAAAAGUAUUUCAAACAAUUAAUAUCUGCAGUAGAAUAUCUUCAUAGUAAGGGUAUUGCACACAGAGAUUUAAAGCCAGAGAACUUACUGUUAGAUGAAAAUGAUAAUUUAAAAGUCUCAGAUUUUGGUUUGGCUACAAUAUAUCGUUUCCGAGGCAAAGAACGUUGUUUGGAAAAAAGAUGUGGAACAUUGCCUUAUGUAGCUCCAGAAGUAUUACUACAUCCUUAUCAUGCUGAACCUGCUGAUAUAUGGUCUUGUGGUAUAAUUCUUGUAGCUUUGCUGGCUGGAGAACUGCCUUGGGAUCAGUCCUUGGCAGAGUGUCCAGAAUAUAUGGCAUGGAGAGAUGGAAAAUACAUGUCUCUUACACCAUGGAAAAAGUUGGACAAUUCUUCAUUGUCUCUGAUUAAAAAUAUUCUUAUACACUCACCAUCAGCCAGAUGUACCAUAAAGGAUAUUAAACAACAUAGAUGGUUCAUCAAGAAAUUCCAGAGAGCGGGAACUAUAGAAGGAUAUAUUCGACCCGAUGAGACUGAUUCAAGACAGGUGUUAGAAGAUGAAAACUUAACAAGGUUUGGUUUAUCGCAACCUGAAUUACCUACGACAGAAAAUGCUAAUGCUGUACAAAUUAAUUUGGAUGAACGGCAAGGAUUUUCAUUUUCACAACCUGCCCAUAUUGAGGAUCUGUUAUUAUGCACCCAAGUACAAACUAAAUUUACACAAGCAAGCCAGCAAAAUACUUUCCAACGACUGGUACGGCGUAUGACAAGAUUUUUUGUUAAAACGGAGUUAGAAGCGACUGUAAAAAGAUUAUUAAAUUGCCUAAAGAAUGAAAGUUAUACCUGUCGUGUUAAUAAUUUUGGCACAAUUACCAUAUCAACUAUGGAUAGAAGAAAAAUGCCUUUGGUUUUUAAAGCAAAUAUUGUUGAAAUGGAUGGAAAAAUAUUAGUUGAUUUCCGAUUGUCUAAAGGCUGUGGUAUUGAAUUUAAGCGGAGAUUUGUCAAAAUUAAAUCAUUGUUAGAAGAUAUUAUAUUAAAGGGUCCUGUUACAUGGCCUAUUGCUGUGGCAACAGAAUGCAUACCCUAAUAAUGAUGUAUACAAUUAAAUUUUAAAUAAAUAUUUUAUAUUCUUUUAAAAAAA